CCUCCCGCCCCGAGUUCCCAUUGCUUCCCCUCCUGCUUAAGCCCCCCUUCCGCCUGCAUUCAUCAUCAUGGCCACCAACUCGCUGUACAACAUCUACCGGCUGGCCGUGCCCACCGCGAUCGGCAUGUCGCUCGUCGGCUCUUCCAUCUACGAUGUCCGUGGUGGUACCCGCGCUAUCAUCUUCGACCGUUUGUCCGGUGUGCAGGAGAAGGUCAUGAGCGAGGGCACCCAUUUUCUCAUCCCUUGGCUGCAGCGGGCCAUUAUCUAUGAUGUCCGCACCAAGCCUCGCAACAUCUCCACCACCACCGGUAGUAAGGACUUGCAGAUGGUCAGCUUGACGCUGCGUGUGCUGCACCGUCCCGAUGUCCCGAAGCUGCCGGCCAUCUACCAGUCCUACGGUAUCGACUACGAUGAGCGUGUGCUGCCCUCCAUCGGAAACGAAGUCCUCAAGGCCAUCGUCGCCCAGUUCGAUGCCGCCGAGCUGAUCACCCAGCGUGAAGCCGUCUCCAACCGCAUCCGCACCGACCUCAUGAAGAGAGCCGCGCAGUUCAACAUCGCCCUGGAAGACGUCUCCAUCACCCACAUGACCUUCGGAAAGGAGUUCACGCGUGCCGUCGAGCAGAAGCAGAUCGCCCAGCAGGACGCGGAGCGGGCCCGGUUCAUUGUCGAGAGGGCCGAGCAGGAACGUCAGGCCAAUGUCAUCCGCGCCGAGGGUGAAGCCGAGAGUGCCGAUAUCAUCAGCAAGGCCGUGGCCAAGGCGGGCAGUGGUCUGAUCGAGAUCCGUCGUAUUGACGCCAGCAAGGAGAUCGCGACAACGCUGGCCACCAACCCCAACGUCACAUAUCUGCCCGGCAAUGAUGGCAAGGAAGGCGGAAAGAGCACCAGCCUUCUGCUGGGCUUGAGGAACUAAACAGCUUCAUGUGAUACAUGGAGCUAUGUGUAUUCUUUCUUUCUCUUUGCAACUGGACGGAUCUCGGGCGUGCAUGAUCACCGUGGCGAAUUAAUGUCGUUUGGUCUUUUUAUCUCUUAUCGACUGUAGCAAUAGCAUACCCUCUCCCAUUCAAGUCCUUGUGACAGUGCGUCCAACCGUGGUAUCAUUCAAGCAGCAGUCAUCAUCAUAAACAUACCCUAAUUCACAC